AUGGUGCAAGAACGCUCCGGACUCAUCCUCGGUCUCAACCACGGUCGUCCCACGACCGCUCUGAACACCCCCAAGACCCGCAUCAGCCGGUCCAAGGGUAAGAGCUCUCGUCGCACCGCCUUCGUCCGCGAAAUCGCCCAGGAGGUCGUCGGUCUCGCUCCCUACGAGCGCCGCAUCAUUGAGUUGCUGCGCAACGCCCAGGACAAGCGUGCCCGCAAGCUCGCUAAGAAGCGCCUCGGUACUUUCGGCCGCGGCAAGGCCAAGGUUGAGAACAUGCAGAAGGUCAUUGCUGAGUCUCGCCGCGCCCAGGCUGCUGGUCACUAA